CGUUGUAGUGGAUGAGCUUCACAUGAUCGGGGAUUCUAACCGUGGUUACCUGCUAGAACUGCUACUGACGAAAAUUCGCUACCACGACUUGAAGAAUGAGGCUAACAGGUGCAACGGCGUGCAGAUAGUGGGCAUGAGCGCUACCUUACCCAACCUUGACCUUCUCGCACGCUGGCUCCAGGCUAGACUCUACACGACAGACUACAGACCCGUGCCGCUGGCCGAACACGUAAAGAUCGGCAACGCGAUAUACGACUCCAAGCUCAACAAGCUAAGGUCAUUCGCUACCAGAGCCGUCAAAGGCGACUCGGACGGAGUCGUGCAGCUGUGUGUGGAGACGGUGACCGCCGGUCACUCCGUACUUGUGUUCUGUCCGACGAAGAAGUGGUGCGAGGUGCUGGCAGAUACAGCAGCGAGAGAGUUCUACAACAUGCUCCGCGAACGAACCACGGCGACGGACGUCACGGGCGCGGCUACGGCGGCGCCCCCUCUGCAGCUAGACGGGCGGGCAUUGCGUGACGUGUUGGAGCAGCUUAGAAGGACGCCGGUUGGUGUCGAUGCAAUCCUCAGCCGGACCUUGCAGUACGGAGUAGCAUUUCAUCAUGCUGGCCUCACAAUGGAUGAGAGGGAUAUCAUAGAGGGAGCGUUUCGACACGGGCAAGUAAAAGUACUGAUAGCCACGUCCACGCUGUGUUCAGGGGUGAAUCUUCCGGCGCGCCGCGUGAUUAUUCGCUCGCCGCUGUUCAACGGCAAGCUGAUAGACAUGCUGGCUUACAAGCAGAUGGUCGGGCGAGCCGGCAGGAAGGGUGUCGACACAGAAGGAGAGAGCAUACUGGUGUGUAAGGAGAGCGAGCGAGCGAAGGCUCAGGUACUCCUCAGGUCACAACUGAACCCCGUGCGCAGCUGCCUCGUCCGCAGACACGCCGGCGACUCACUCAGUGGCAGCAUGAAGCGAGCCAUACUCGAGGUCAUAGUGAGUGGUGUAGCUAGCAGUCCAGGAGAAGUGGAGAGGUAUGCUGCAUGCACAUUGCUCGCUAUUUCUCUGGGAGACGAGGCAUCGCAGACAGAUGGCGCCAUCGCGAGCUGCGUGGAAUUCCUGACGGAGAGCGAGUUUAUACGACUGCAGGAUGUGGACGGAGAGACUCGUUACAUUCCGACGCAGUUUGGCUGUGCUGUGUUGGCGUCGGCGCUGUCGCCGGACGAGGCGAUCAGCGUGUUUGCGCAGCUGCAGCGAGCAAGACGAUGCUUCGUCCUCUCCAGCGAACUUCACACCGUGUACCAGGUAGUGGCGCCAUCUGGAGGCAUGGUGACGGCGUUCUGUAACCGGCUCGGCUGGCACAACAUGGAGAUGCUCCUCGACAAGUUCCAGAGCCGGCUGACGUUCGGUGUGCAGCGAGAGCUCUGCGAGCUCGUGCGACUGCAGAUGCUCAACGGACAGCGAGCGCGCAUGCUCUACGACGGAGGAUUCCGCACGGUGGCCUCCUUAGCCGCCGCCACGCCCGCCGCCGUCGAAAACAUGCUGCGAAACUCAGCGCCGUUCGAGAGCGAUAAGAAGGUCGAGGGCGAGACGGAGUUUGACGUUGCCGAUAGGAAGCAGAGUCGCUGCAUCUGGGUGACUGGUCAGAAGGGUCUCACGGAGCAUGAGGCGGCGCUGGCCAUCAUCGCCGAGGCCCAGCAGCUGCUCAGCGAGGACGUCGGACUGCUGGGCGUCUGCUGGAAGCCUCCCUCACACGCCGGCGACGACAUGAGGGGCAGAUUCACUGGUAGGAAUAAGAAACAAGCUAGUCUGGGCAGGUUCGCCGGGAGGAGUGAUAAACAAGCCAACCUGAUGGCCAUACACAAGCGUUUCUAUGGUGCGCUCGUGCUACAUGACCUCAUCAAUGAGAUUCCGUUCGGCGAGGUCUGUAAGAAGUACAAGACGACGCGCGGGGUGCUGCAGUCUCUCCAGCAGUCCGCAGCCACGUUUGCUGGGACGGGGAGAGAUCUAGACAUGCCCCUGAACUCUGGCGAGGAUGUGAGAGAGAUGGGGAAGAAUCCAGACACCCCACUGAGCUGUGAUGGAGAUGUUAGAGGGACGGGGAGAGAUCUAGACGUGGCUCUCAACUUUGGCAUGGAUGCGAGGGGUGCGGAGGGAGCAUCUAGCGAGCUACUGUUCUGCGAUUCGCCGGAACGAUGCCUCGCCGACCGCAUCACGACGACUCGCGACGCCGCGACGCCGGAGGCAGAGGAAGAUGCCAGCUUCAGCGAAGCUCUCUUCAACGAUUCGCCCUCUCCGCCGCGGUCGCCGCCAUCCGACGAUACGGCGCGGCACCACGACGCGACGCUGGUGAUUGCCGACACUCAGUUGCUCGACCUCGCGUUUAGCGACGACAGCUCCUCCGCAGCGACCGUCGCCGGAGGCGACGACCCAACUCGCGUGGAGACGCUGUCGCGCUCGACCCUCGAGCAGCUGCUGCAGGGAAGCUUCUACACGCCGGCGGCGGCCGGGAAGCUGUCGGCGAGCGACGGGGAGAGCAGCGCGACGGCGGCGGCGGCAGCAUCCCCGGACAGGUCGUUGGACCUGAGCUCCGGCAUAGCCGCGAUCAUGGACAUCUUCGGCGCGGCGGGUUGCGGCGAAGCGGCGUCUGCGCCGCGACGGAAUUGCGGCGAAGACGGCGGCGGCUCGGAUGGAGAUUCUCUGGUGAGGAAGCUCACGUCUCCCGAUGCCACGUCAUCCUCCUCGGACACCGACGACAGUGACGUCGUCCAGCCCACGCCUCCGCCGCCGCGUGCCAGCGGCAGCAGCGUGCUCAGUCCAAUCAGGGGCAUCGGUGAGGCGAGAACUCCGUCCAAUCGCGAGCUGUCGUCGUUGGCGGCGGGGUCGGGGGGCGGAUUGUCGAGUGAGAUGCGGGCGGGGCGGCGAGGCUUGGGGCAGACAGUGGAGAGGCUCACGCGCAGUGCCGCCCGGAAGCUGAGGGUGGAAGCCGUGGCGACCGCAUCUGACGCCGGCAUGCGCGUAGCAUCCCUGGAUGCUGCAGCCGUGGCGACCGCAUCCAACGCCGGCGCGCGCGUAGCAUCCCUGGAUGCUGCAGCCGUGUUGUCACGGGCACGAGCCAGCAAUGCCGGGUCUGUCGACGGAUUAGACACUCCGGUUGUCGACGAUCCAAACGUGGCUUUAUGGCUGUUGGACCCAGAUUCCAAAGUGAAGAAUCUCCAUGAACUCAUCACAGACUAUCUUCCCAUGGCUCCAAAAUCCACAUCUGCCGUGGCGGAAAAGUGUCGAGGGAUGGGUGGCCUGGGCAUGCAGGUGGAAACACGGGUGAGCGGGCGGGCGCGCGCCGCGUGUGAAGCUCUCACGUGCCUCUCUCUGAUGCAACAGCUCCGUGCGAGACUGCAGCAGCACGACUUGAUGAAUGUGUUCACCAGCAUCGAGAUGCCCUGCAUGAAGAUGCUCUCUCAGAUGGAAUUGAAUGGCAUGGGACUGUGCGUGGACACGUGCGAAUCAGUGAAGAGCGUCUUGCUAGCGCAGCAGGCGGCAUUAGAGGAGCAGGCACACAAGCUAGCCGGACACCGAUUCUCUCUCAACUCACUCGAUAGCAUAGCAGAGAUCUGUUAUGGAAUAAUCUAUGGAAUAGGCCCAAAGACACUGGGAGACCAGCUUAAUGUGGAUGAGAAAUGUGCUGCAACCCUAAUAAAUACAUUCAAAAGCAAGUAUGAAGGAUUGAGAGCUUACCUGCAGGCAACCGUAGACAGGUGCAGACGUGAUGGCUACGUGAGCACCAUGCUAGGGAGGAAACGCUACUUACCCAACAUUAAGAGCAAUAAUCCUAUCGUGCAUAAUCAAGCAGAGAGGCAAGCUGUCAACACCACAGUGCAGGGAACAGCAGCCGAUCUCGUGAAGCUGGCGAUGGCGGCGGUCGACCGGCGCCUCACCGAGGAGUUUCCAUCGUCGACGCCGCACCGUAUGUCGCGCGAGCCGUCGUCUCCCCCGCGGCGACGGUGGCGCCCUCCUCUUCCGCGCGGCGCGUACCUGUUGCUGCAGCUUCACGACGAGCUGAUAUACGAGGUUAACGAGGACGACCUCGUCCAGGUGUGUCAGAUAGUGAAGCAGUGCAUGGAGGGCACCACGACCCUCUCCGUCUGUUUGCCUGUCAACGUCAAGAACUUUGAGAUAACCGUAGACAGCAUGAUUGGUCAGAACAGCCCGGCGUCGACAGACAAGAGGCGUGGGACCGGAAAUGUUGCACUGCCCCGCGGAAAUAGCCGUAGAAACGACAAGCGAGAGACACAUGCCGUCAGCAUACGUGAUUCCUUCAUUCCCUUCAAAGGAGGCAUCCUUAUCUCAGCCGACUACUCACAGUUAGAGCUGCGAGUGAUAGCCCACUUGUCCAGCGACAACAAGCUGACUCACAUACUCAACAAUGGAGGCGACGUAUUCAAGCUGAUAGCGAGUGAGUGGAAGAUGAUCUCCGUAGACAGCGUCACCAGCGCCGACAGGCAGCAGGCCAAGCAGAUCUGUUAUGGAAUAAUCUAUGGAAUAGGUCCAAAGACACUGGGAGACCAGCUUAAUGUGGAUGAGAAAUGUGCUGCAACCCUAAUAAAUACAUUCAAAAGCAAGUAUGAAGGAUUGAGAGCUUACCUGCAGGCAACCGUAGACAGGUGCAGACGUGAUGGCUACGUGAGCACCAUGCUAGGGAGGAAACGCUACUUACCCAACAUUAAGAGCAAUAAUCCUAUCGUGCAUAAUCAAGCAGAGAGGCAAGCUGUCAACACCACAGUGCAGGGAACAGCAGCCGAUCUCGUGAAGCUGGCGAUGGCGGCGGUCGACCGGCGCCUCACCGAGGAGUUUCCAUCGUCGACGCCGCACCGUAUGUCACGCGAGCCGUCGUCUCCCCCGCGGCGACGGUGGCGCCCUCCUCUUCCGCGCGGCGCGUACCUGUUGCUGCAGCUUCACGACGAGCUGAUAUACGAGGUUAACGAGGAAGAUCUCGUCCAGGUGUGUCAGAUAGUGAAGCAGUGCAUGGAGGGCACCACGACCCUCUCCGUCUGUUUGCCUGUCAACGUCAAGGUGGGCCACACGUGGGGCAGCAUGCAGUCAUUCUCACUGUGAGAUAUUCUUGGCUGUGUAUCAGCUAGAUUUACUUCAGUGUAGCCUUUCACUCGCUACGCACAAAGUUUAUAUGGUAGGAUAUCCUUGGCCAUGCAUCAGUUAGCGCUACCUACGUGUAGCCCUUUACUCGCUACACACAAAGUUUAUACCGUGAGAUAUCCUCGGCUUUGUAUCAGCUAGCGCUACCUACAUGUAGUCCUUCACUCGCUAUGCACAAAGUUUAUACCAUGAGAUAUCCUCGGCUUUGUAUCAGCUAGCGCUACCUACAUGUAGCCCUUCACUCGCUACGCACAAAGUUUAUACCAGGAGAUAUCCUCAGAUUUGUAUCAGCUAGUGCUACCUACAUGUAGUCCUUCACUCACUACACACAAAGUUGAUAUGGUAGGAUAUCUUCAGCUGUGCAUCGUUAUGCAAAAAGUUUAUACCGUGAGAUGUCCUUGGCUUUGUAUCAGCUAGCUCCAUCUACAUGUAGCCCUUUACUUGUUACACAAAGCUAAUUCUGCUAUUUGUUGUCAGCCAAGGUCAAUAUGUCGUUGACAGUGUGUGUGUCGUGAUACAGAGCAGGGCCAGUCUUACUAUUGUAUUGUAUUCGCUAAUGUAUCGGCUCGCUUUACCCGUGUAGCUCGUUGCUCCAUAACAGGGCUUGGGUGGAACAAAAGGCUACACUCGUAGAGAAAUGUAUUAUGUGCCAUUGCCAGUACAUUUAUUCCGUGAUAUAAGGUAAAGCCUUUUCUGCAAUGAAAUGUUUCAUCAAUGUAUUAAUGUGCCAUUGGCAGUAAGUAUGCCAUGCAUGAUAUAAGGCAAACCUGUUUAUACAAUGAAAUAUUCCCAACAAUGUAUUAAUGUGCCAUUGGUAGUAAGUAUGCCAUGCAUGAUACAAGGCAAACCUGUUUAUACAAUGAAAUAUUCCCAACAAUGUAUUAAUGUGCCAUUGGUAGUAAGUAUGCCAUGAUAUAAGACAAAGCUGUUUAUACAAUGAAAUAUUCCCAACAAUGUAUUAAUGUGCCAUUGGUAGUAAGUAUGCCAUGAUAUAAGACAAAGCUGUUUAUACAAUGAAAUAUUCUUAACAAUAUUAUUAGCAUACCAAUAGCAGCACCUAUACCGAGAUAUAAUUUUACGAGCUGUUUAUGCGAUGAAAUAUUGCCAACAACAUAUCAGUGUGCCAUUGGCAGCACCAAUACCGGAAUAUAAUUUUAUGAGCUGUUUAUACAGUAUCAGCGUGCCAUUGGCAAUAUAGGUAUCCCAUGAUAUGAGGCAAAGCUGCUUACACAAUGAAAUUUUGUCAGUAAUGUAUCAGAAUGUCAUUGGGAGUGCAUUUCAUGAUACAGCAUAAUUUUGAGUAGUUCACUGGCGUUUUCAUUGUUGGCAAUUUAUAGUGACUAAAGUCAGUAACAUGGCAUUUCUUGUGAUUGUAAUUAAGAAGUGAUAUAUUGUCAAAUGUACAUUAAUUGGAUUAUAAUGCAGGAACUUCCAAUGAAAUUGUUUAUCUGUUCUUUGCAUGGCUUAGUGUAGCAGUAGAAAAAAUGAAUUCCUAAAUAACAAGAAUCCUAUUAAAUUCAAAUAGUUUUUAUGUGGUACUAUUUUGGCCACAAAGCUUGUUAACGUAAUAUCCCUGCCAGGAAUGCAACUUUUUGUAUUUUAUAUGCAUGCGGCUGUGCAAUGUAAUACCAAAGGAUGAAAAUUGUAAGAGUUAAAUUGGUUUAUUAGACUUUUAUUGCAUGUAAAAUUUAUAAACGAAAUAUUGCUCAUCUGGUACGGUAAUGUAAUGUCUGGAAUGUAAUGUCUGUAAUGUAAUGUAAUGGAAUAGCAUAUUAACUGUAUUCAUAUUGAUUGGUAUAGUAAAUACAUAAAUGUGUAAAAUAUACAUAAUGAUGUAAUAGUGACCUUUACUAACUGUAACUGUAUGUAAAUAAAGUGAACUAUAGCUAUUUAAAAAAUUCUUCCAGUAAAAAUUACAAUUUAUUAUAUACCAAUUGUUACGAGACGCCUCUUUGCUGACUGAAUUUUUGAUAACGUACAAAGCACAACAACUAAUUAUUGCCAAUAUACUGUCUACAAAGCAACCAAAUUAAAUCAAAGUAUGGUGUAAAUGUG